GUGUGAACAAGGAUUAAGUUAAACGUUUGAGUUGUGUGUAUAACCAAACACGAUACAAAUGUCAUUGAUCAAUAUACAAAUUUUGAAACGAAAUUUUCGGCUGUAAAUUAAAAUAAAAAAUUAAAAGAAUAUAACGAAGAAGAACUUAAAUUCGAAAUGGAGGAAGUGCAACGCCAUUCAGUGCAUACGUUGGUUUUUCGUUCAUUAAAACGAUCUCAUGAUAUGUUUGUAUCUAAUCAAGCUCUUCUCCCAGAAAUCGACGAGGACCUAGAACGUAAGAAAAGAGAAUUAAAGGCACGAGACACAUAUGACUAUGUGUAUGACCGUGUGAAGAGUCAAAGAAAAGAUCACUCACAGCAUUCGGUGAAAUCGCUGAAUGAAAAUGCACAAGCACAUGCUGAAAAGGAAACCAGUUCAAGUGUUGAAGAAUCAAGUUCCAUGUCAGCUUUGGUUCCAGUGACAAGUACAACUGCAUCAGAUAAUUAUUAUAUCAGUCAAACAUCCGUUCCAAGUAAUCAAUUGCAAUUGCAACCAAAGAAGGCGCCAUCCAUACCAAAACCAAAAUGGCAUGCACCAUGGAAAUUGUGCCGCGUGAUAUCCGGUCAUUUGGGCUGGGUUCGAUGCGUUGCUGUUGAGCCAGGCAAUGAAUGGUUUGCAACUGGUGCCGCCGAUCGUGUUAUUAAAAUUUGGGAUUUGGCUAGUGGUAAAUUGAAACUUUCACUAACUGGCCAUGUAAGCACUGUUCGCGGUUUGGCAGUGAGCUCAAAGCACCCAUAUCUAUUUAGUUGCGGUGAAGAUAGACAAGUUAAAUGUUGGGAUCUAGAAUAUAAUAAAGUUAUCAGACAUUACCAUGGUCAUUUAUCAGCGGUUUAUUCAAUGGCAUUGCAUCCCACAAUUGACGUACUUGUAACGGCGGGUCGUGAUUCAACAGCGCGCAUAUGGGAUAUGAGAACUAAAGCAAAUAUUCAUACUCUCUGCGGUCAUACAAAUACUGUUGCUAGUGUCGUAGCUCAAGCUACCGAUCCUCAAAUUAUAACCGGCAGUCACGAUUCCACGGUUCGAUUAUGGGAUUUGGCAGCUGGAAAGAGCGUCUGCACAUUGACCAAUCACAAGAAAAGCGUUCGAAGCAUCGUUCUACAUCCCACUUUGUACACAUUUGCAUCAGCAUCACCUGAUAAUAUUAAGCAGUGGCGAUGCCCCGAAGGAAAUUUCAUUCAAAACAUUUCCGGUCACACAGCGAUUGUUAAUUGUAUGGCUGUCAAUACAGAUGGUGUCUUAGUGUCAGGAGGUGAUAAUGGUACUUUAUUCUUCUGGGAUUGGAGAACUGGUUACAAUUUCCAGCGAUUCCAAGCACCUGUACAACCUGGUUCAAUGGAUAGCGAAGCGGGUAUAUUUUCAAUGACAUUUGAUGCCACCGGAACACGUUUAAUAACAACAGAAGCUGACAAAACGAUCAAAAUUUACAAGCCAGAUGACGAAGCCACCGAGGAAAUGUAUCCAAUAAAUUGGCGACCAGAGCUCUUGAAACGACGCAAAUUUUAAUCUUAUUAUACUCAAGUAUAUUCACAUUCAAAGUGUAAAAGUAAAUAAGUAAUAUGAGAAA